AUGCCCACACCGGGUGGGUAUGCCCUCGUCCUCGACCCCACCUUAGUCGUUGCAAAGCGCACCUGCAAGUUUUUGCGAGUCCUCAUAUAUGGCGGCAGCAGCAUCAACAUCCUCUACCGCGACACCAUGACCAAGCUCAGCAUCGAGGCCAAGCAACUGAAGCCGACCCGGAUGGUGUUCCACGGCAUCGUGCCGAGUCUCUCUUGCUCCCCCAUCGGCUGGAUCCGGCUCGAUACCCUAUUCGGCACCAGCGACCACUUCCGGCGCGAGCCCAUUUGGUUCGAGGUGGUGGACCUGUCCAGCCCGUACCAUAUGAAGAUGCCGGGUCCCAAGGGCCUCGUCACUAUUGUUGACGAUUACAAGAAAUCCCUGGAGUGCGCCCGUGCCAGCGCCAAGCUGGACGAGUCGCUGGUCAUAGCCAAGGAGCGGCGCCAGCUCGACCGGAUCGUCGCCUUGGCCGACGAGCAGCCGGCUAUGCCGGCUCCAGCCAAGGAGUCAGCUGGCGAGGCCUCGUUCCAGCCAUCCAAGGACACCAAGAAGAUCCCGCUCAACCCGUCCGACCCCAGCUAUAGCAAGUACAUUGUUGUGGGCACCAGCCUCAGCAGCACAUAG